AUGGUCCAGAAGACUUUCCGCGUCGUAGUCCUCCCCGGAGAUGGCAUCGGUCCUGAGGUUAUUGCGGAGGCGACCCGCGUCCUGCAGGUCAUCUCGGACGCAUCGGAGGAUAUCGACAUUAAGCUUGAGACGCACGACUUCGGCGGGCGUGCGAUCGACGUCUCGGGAGAGCCUCUGACCCCCGCCGCGCUCAAGGCCUGUCAGGAGGCCGACGCCAUCCUCUUGGGUUCCAUCGGUGGACCCAAGUGGGGCGUGGAACUGAAGGUGCGCCCGGAGCAGGGCCUCCUGACCCUCCGCAAAGCUCUCGGACUCUACGCCAACAUCCGGCCCGCAAACUUCGCCUCCAAGUCGCUCCUCGCCAACUCGCCGCUCAAGCCAUCCGUCGCGGAGGGCGUCGACAUCAUCGUCAUUCGCGAGCUCAUCGGCGGUGUGUACUUCGGCACGCGCAAGGAGCUCGGCGCGGGCCCGGAUGAGGACUCAGCGUGGGACACGAUGGUCUACAGCAUCCCUGAGGUGCAACGCAUCACACGCGUCGCGGCGCAAAUCGCGCUGGCGGCGAACCCGCCCCUACCGAUCCACUCUAUCGACAAGGCGAACGUGCUCGCGAGCUCUCGUCUCUGGCGCAAGGUCGUCACCGAGACCUUGGCGGCGGAGUACCCGCAGCUCACGCUCGACCACCACCUCGUCGACUCCGCAUCCAUGCUCAUCGUCGCGAAUCCGCGGAAGCUGAACGGCGUCAUUCUCACCGAGAACCUGUUCGGUGACAUUCUUUCAGACGAGUCCAGCGUCAUUCCCGGGUCCUUGGGCCUGCUCCCGUCGGCCUCCCUCGCGGGUGCGCCCUCUGUGGCUGACGCGCUUUCGCCUGGAUUCAAGCCCACGUCCGGCCUGUACGAGCCCAUCCACGGCUCCGCGCCCGACAUCGCCGGCAAGGGCAUCGCGAACCCCAUCGGCACUAUCCUCAGCGCAGCCAUGCUCCUCCGCUAUUCACUCGGCCUCGAGAAGUACGCGCAGGCGAUCGAGAGCGCCGUGCGCAAGGCCCUGGACGACAAGGCCGCGGGAGGCCAGGAGCUCCGCACCGCGGACCUCGGUGGAAGCGUCAAGACGAAGGAGAUGGGUGAUAAGGUCGUGGAGAUCCUCAAGACCCUGUUGUAA